GAAGUGUAUAUGUGAAUGCGGGAUGUUGGAGUGACACGGUCUCCCUCCUGUCGCCCUGGCAGCUUGAUGUACAGCCAUCGGCCGCGCUCCUGGCGCGAGCUGCCCCUCCGGCUGGCAGACUUCGGGGUGCUGCACAGGAACGAGUUCUCCGGUGCCCUGUCCGGCCUGGUGCGUGUGCGGCGUUUUCAGCAGGACGAUGCCCACAUCUUCUGUACCACCGAGCAGGUCAGAGAGCAUGGGGGGGGAAGGCGGCAGCUACAGAGUAGCCUGGAGGCCUUUGGCCAGCCUUGGGAGCUGAACCCUGGAGACGGUGCUUUCUACGGCCCCAAGAUUGACGUCCAGAUCAAGGACGCCAUUGGCCGGGACCACCAGUGCGCAACCAUUCAGUUGGACUUCCAGCUGCCCAGUCGCUUCGGACUGAGCUACAUCGGGAAAGAUGGCAGUGUGAAAGCGAGCCCAGUGUUGAUUCACCGUGCGAUCCUGGGCUCAGUGGAGCGGAUGAUCGCGAUCCUGUCUGAGAAUUACGCAGGCAAAUGGCCAUUCUGGCUCUCGCCUUCGCAGGUCAUGGUACUAGCCGUGGGCAGCAGCACUGCAGACUAUGCCCAACAGGUGAGAUUGCGGGGUGCAGGGAGCUGUAUUCAGAGAGCUCUGGACUCCCUGGCUGUGGGGCAAGGGGUGGUGUUCUGAGCGAAGG